UCAUUGGUUAGUGGGCGGGGCUUAGGAAGUACAGCGCUCGCCCGGAGGCCUCAGGGUGGCCUAGCCAGCUGGCCAUUCCUUAAUUAUGCAUGGAGGCGUGUCUUGGCCAGUGGCGGCUGGGUGGGGAUUGGCUGGAGGGGCUGUAAUUCAGCGGUUUCCGGAGCUGCAGUGUAGACAGGGAGGGGGAACCUGGGGUUCCGACGUCGCGGCGGAGGGAACGAGCCCUAACCGGAUCGCUGAGGUACAACCCCGCUCGGUGUCGCCUGACCGCGUCGGCUAGGAGAGGCCAGGCGGCCCUCGGGAGCCCAGCAGCUCGCGCCUGGAGUCAGCGCAGGCCGGCCAGUCGGGCCUCAGCCCCGGAGACAGUCGAGACCCCUGACUGCAGCAGGAUGGCUCAGUGGAACCAGCUGCAGCAGCUGGACACACGCUACCUGGAGCAGCUGCACCAGCUGUACAGCGACAGCUUCCCCAUGGAGCUGCGGCAGUUCCUGGCACCUUGGAUUGAGAGUCAAGACUGGGCAUAUGCAGCCAGCAAAGAGUCACAUGCCACGUUGGUGUUUCAUAAUCUCUUGGGUGAAAUUGACCAGCAAUAUAGCCGAUUCCUGCAAGAGUCCAAUGUCCUCUAUCAGCACAACCUUCGAAGAAUCAAGCAGUUUCUGCAGAGCAGGUAUCUUGAGAAGCCAAUGGAAAUUGCCCGGAUCGUGGCCCGAUGCCUGUGGGAAGAGUCUCGCCUCCUCCAGACGGCAGCCACGGCAGCCCAGCAAGGGGGCCAGGCCAACCACCCAACAGCCGCCGUAGUGACAGAGAAGCAGCAGAUGUUGGAGCAGCAUCUUCAGGAUGUCCGGAAGCGAGUGCAGGAUCUAGAACAGAAAAUGAAGGUGGUGGAGAACCUCCAGGACGACUUUGAUUUCAACUACAAAACCCUCAAGAGCCAAGGAGACAUGCAGGAUCUGAAUGGAAACAACCAGUCUGUGACCAGACAGAAGAUGCAGCAGCUGGAACAGAUGCUCACAGCCCUGGACCAGAUGCGGAGAAGCAUUGUGAGUGAGCUGGCGGGGCUCUUGUCAGCAAUGGAGUACGUGCAGAAGACACUGACUGAUGAAGAGCUGGCUGACUGGAAGAGGCGGCAGCAGAUCGCGUGCAUCGGAGGCCCUCCCAACAUCUGCCUGGACCGUCUGGAAAACUGGAUAACUUCAUUAGCAGAAUCUCAACUUCAGACCCGCCAACAAAUUAAGAAACUGGAGGAGCUGCAGCAGAAAGUGUCCUACAAGGGCGACCCUAUCGUGCAGCACCGGCCCAUGCUGGAGGAGAGGAUCGUGGAGCUGUUCAGAAACUUAAUGAAGAGUGCCUUCGUGGUGGAGCGGCAGCCCUGCAUGCCCAUGCACCCGGACCGGCCCUUAGUCAUCAAGACUGGUGUCCAGUUUACCACGAAAGUCAGGUUGCUGGUCAAAUUUCCUGAGUUGAAUUAUCAGCUUAAAAUUAAAGUGUGCAUUGAUAAAGACUCUGGGGAUGUUGCUGCCCUCAGAGGGUCUCGGAAAUUUAACAUUCUGGGCACGAACACAAAAGUGAUGAACAUGGAGGAGUCUAACAACGGCAGCCUGUCUGCAGAGUUCAAGCACCUGACCCUUAGGGAGCAGAGAUGUGGGAAUGGAGGCCGUGCCAAUUGUGAUGCCUCCUUGAUCGUGACUGAGGAGCUGCACCUGAUCACCUUCGAGACUGAGGUGUACCACCAAGGCCUCAAGAUUGACCUAGAGACCCACUCCUUGCCAGUUGUGGUGAUCUCCAACAUCUGUCAGAUGCCAAAUGCUUGGGCAUCAAUCCUGUGGUAUAACAUGCUGACCAAUAACCCCAAGAACGUGAACUUCUUCACUAAGCCGCCAAUUGGAACCUGGGACCAAGUGGCCGAGGUGCUCAGCUGGCAGUUCUCGUCCACCACCAAGCGGGGGCUGAGCAUCGAGCAGCUGACAACGCUGGCUGAGAAGCUCCUAGGGCCUGGUGUGAACUACUCAGGGUGUCAGAUCACAUGGGCUAAAUUCUGCAAAGAAAACAUGGCUGGCAAGGGCUUCUCCUUCUGGGUCUGGCUAGACAAUAUCAUCGACCUUGUGAAAAAGUAUAUCUUGGCCCUUUGGAAUGAAGGGUACAUCAUGGGUUUCAUCAGCAAGGAGCGGGAGCGGGCCAUCCUAAGCACAAAGCCCCCGGGCACCUUCCUACUGCGCUUCAGCGAGAGCAGCAAAGAAGGAGGGGUCACUUUCACUUGGGUGGAAAAGGACAUCAGUGGCAAGACCCAGAUCCAGUCUGUAGAGCCAUACACCAAGCAGCAGCUGAACAACAUGUCAUUUGCUGAAAUCAUCAUGGGCUAUAAGAUCAUGGAUGCGACCAACAUCCUGGUGUCUCCACUUGUCUACCUCUACCCCGACAUUCCCAAGGAGGAGGCAUUUGGAAAGUACUGUAGGCCCGAGAGCCAGGAGCACCCCGAAGCCGACCCAGGUGCUGCCCCGUACCUGAAGACCAAGUUCAUCUGUGUGACACCAUUCAUUGAUGCAGUUUGGAAAUAACGGUGAAGGUGCUGAGCCCUCAGCAGGAGGGCAGUUUGAGUCGCUCACGUUUGACAUGGAUCUGACCUCGGAGUGUGCUACCUCCCCCAUGUGAGGAGCUGAAACCAGAAGCUGCAGAGACGUGACUUGAGACACCUGCCCCGUGCUCCACCCCUAAGCAGCCGAACCCCAUAUCGUCUGAAACUCCUAACUUUGUGGUUCCAGAUUUUUUUUUUUAAUUUCCUACUUCUGCUAUCUUUGGGCAAUCUGGGCACUUUUUAAAAUAGAGAAAUGAGUGAGUGUGGGUGAUAAACUGUUAUGUAAAGAGGAGAGCACCUCUGAGUCUGGGGAUGGGGCUGAGAGCAGAAGGGAGCAAGGGGAACACCUCCUGUCCUGCCCGCCUGCCCUCCUUUUUCAGCAGCUCGGGGUUGGUUGUUAGACAAGUGCCUCCUGGUGCCCAUGGCAUCCUGUUGCCCCACUCUGUGAGCUGAUACCCCAGGCUGGGAACUCCUGGCUCUGCACUUUCAACCUUGCUAAUAUCCACAUAGAAGCUAGGACUAAGCCCAGAGGUUCCUCUUUAAAUUAAAAAAAAAAAAAAUAAGAAUUAAAGGGCAAAACACACUGACACAGCAUAGCCUUUCCAUAUCAAGGAAUACUCAGUUAACAGCCUCUCCAGCGCUGUCUUCAGGCUGAUCAUCUAUAUAAACCCUGGAAUGGUUGCAGAUCAAAUCUGUAAAAGAGAUCCGAGAGCUGUGGCUUGGCCUCUGGUUCAAACACAAAGGCUAGAGAGAACCUAGAUAUCCCUGGGUUUUGUUUACCCAGUAUGCUUGUCGGUUGGAGGUGUGAGGUAGGCCAAGGGCACUGGAAAGCCUUUGUCAUCACCCUACUCCCUCCCCAACCCAGACUCCAGACCCUGUUUCAGGGUCAGCCUGCCCUGUGGGUGCCUUACUGGGCCUAGGGUCAACCUGCCUUCCUUUCCCACUUGACCUUGCUGGUAGUAUGUCCCCUUCCCAUGUCCAAAGGCCCUCUGUCCUGCUUCUAUUGGGAAUCCCUGCCUCAGGACCUUGUGUCGAGAGGGAUUGCCUUACAGGUUUGAACCUGCCUCAGACUACAGGCCCUCAGCAAAGCUCAGGGAGUAUGGUCCUUAUUCUAUGCGCUUGGUUCCCAGGGAUAUCUGUAACCACAGGGCAAAAGCUGACAUAUACUCCAGGUCUGCCCUCAUAUGAGUGGUGUAUUCUUGGCCUCCCCUGAGACUGGCAACUGUCUGCUCCCCAUUGGGUCUCCCAGGUGAGGUGGAACACAGUUCCUGCACCUACUGUGGCCUCCAUGUCGCUUGCUUGCUUCGCUCACUCAGCUUACUGGAACACUGAGUGUUCAAGGCAAGCCUUUCCUGACAGAGGCAUGGCUAGAUUCAGUGACUCAAAGCCACCUCAUUCAGCUGAUCAGUGUCUGUGGAAUUGUUUCCUUCCAGUUAACCAGUGUCUGAAUUAAGGGCAGUGAGGACAUUGUCUCCAAGACGAACUGCUUGCCUUGACCACCCCAGCCUUCUGCUUCGAGACAGUUACUGCUCUCCCACCCCAUCAAUGUUCUUUAGUUAUACAAUAAGCUGAACUUAUAAACUGAAAGGGUAUUUAGGAAGGCAAGGCUUGGGCAUUUUUAUGGCUUUCAAUCCUGGGGACCCAGGAACAAGGUGAGGGCUUCUCUGGGGCUGGUGUUGUACCUCAGGGGCUCUGGGAAGUCUGUGUGCCUGGGUUAACCACCCAUAGUGAGCCCCUGGAACUGCCCACUUUCCCUCUCCUUGGCCCCACUUGGCCCCAGCCUCACCCAGCCUGCAGACUGCUUAGCCUUUCAGUGCAGUGGCUUGUGUUCUGGCCACUGCACUCAGAUUCCAAUGUAAACUUUCUAGUGUAAAAAUUUAUAUUAUUGUGGGUUGUUUUUUGUUGUUGUUUGUUUUUGUAUAUUGCUGUAACUACUUUAACUUCCAGAAAUAAAGAUUAUAUAGGAACUGUC